AUGGAACAAAUUACUGAAGAAGCAAUUAAUCAAAGCAUAAUUGAAAAAGAUACUAAUAAAACAAUUCAAUUAUGUGAGCUAUACCUUAAAAAUAUUGUCGUCCCAGGAAAACAAUCAAAAGAAGUUGAAAAUGUAUUUAUUCAUUAUCUCCAUGCCAUAUCAAAUACUGAUGAGUACGAGAAAAUUAAAAAAAUGUUUGACCAACUAUAUAGUAAGAUAAGUGAUGCUUCAGAUAAUGUUGCUAUAAUGUACAUCAAUGCCUUAGUUCUUAAUGAUAAGAUAGAAGAUGCUGCUACUUUUUCAGCUCAUUACCUAAUUGAGAAAAAGAGAAUAAAUGAACUAAGUGAAGAAAAAGAAAUUGUUGAAAAAAUGAUAAACACUUUAAAAGAAAUCAAAUUAGAUAAUACCUCUAAUCCUCAAAUCGUUGAAUUAGUAAACCAAUUAAUAACAGAAAUGUUGAAAGAAGUAGAUUGGGAAAAUGAAAUUAAGAUUCAACUUGAAAAUGUGUUAAAUGCUGAUCUUGUUCCAGAACAAAAAGAUGAUGACGAAACUGAAGAAGAAGAGGUUACAGAAAAAAAUCUCCAAACCACACAAACUACUUUCUUAAAUAAUUGUACAAGAGAAUUAUGGAGAAGUGCUUGCAGUCUUCUUGAUUAUAUAAAGGGUAUAAUGAGAAAACCAACCUGUAAUGAAAUAGUAAUGAUCGGUGUUGGUGCAGCAGCUGUAAUUGGGGGAAUUUAUACCUUAAGAAAAAUGAAAAAAUAA